AUGAAGCAAGAACAUAAGGCUGUAAAGUAUUCUCUAGCACACAUCAAGACCCAUGGGCCACCAUUGCGAACUCCCUCUAUCAUUGCGAAGUCUGACACUGAUGACGAAGUCACCAUCAUAUCGCCGCCUUCAAAACUAUCCCUGAAGUGCCACCGAAGUAUGGCAGAAAGUGAUACUGAAGAGGAGGCCAGGCCUCACAAGAGGUCGUGGUGCUAUACCGACGAAUAUGGCAUCUGUGACUUCUGUCCUGUAUAUGAUGACUCACCUGUCAGGACAGCAAUUGCAGCUGGAUUCCAUCCCAGUUACCCAUACCCUUGGUCGGGUCGUUCAGUAUCUCCACUGCCACCAUCGCAUCAACUCAGGACACCUUGCCUCCCAUCACCAGCAUCCUCGAGCUCAUCUCUGCCAGAGAUACUGAGUGAGCCUCUUGCUGACGAGUUGCAGCCAUCAGUGCCGAUGGCAACCUGGCCCAAUGGUCUCUAUGUUAUAGACAUUGCUGCUGGGUUUGAGAGAAUGGACUCUGAUGAAUUGAAGUCCUUACCAGUCCGUCAGAGGUUUGAGAUCGUCUACGACAGAAAAUUCAAGAAAUUGACUUAUAAUGACGCACGUCGGAGAUGGAAGGAGGCAUCGGAUACCUUCAGGACUCAGCUGUAUAAGGCAGGGCGCACACCUUCAGGCCUUUGGGAUGUGUUGCGCAAGGCCAUCCCUCUCAGGAAAAAGACAGCAGGCACCCAGUCACACGAUGAUGAAGAAUCUGACAUUGAUAUCGACCUCACACUGUAA